GUUGCUAACGUUAGCUCAUUGAAACAACUGCUAACGUGUACUGAUGUGUGGAAGUUUUUACAGACAGUUAUUCUGUCUUAUCUCAGAUUAAUAUUUUAUCACUUAAAGAUGAGUUCAGUCCAGAAUCUGAGAGAGUUGAUCAACCAGCGACUAACUGCUGCUGCUGAAGAAAUAUUCACAGAGUUUGAGAAAACCAUCGUCCAGUACGAGGAGGAGAUCGAUCGUCAGCGCAGACUGCUGGAUAACAUGUGGAAACCUGAGAUAAAGUUACACACAACAGACCGUCUGCAGCAACAUGUCCAGGAGGAGAAUGUUCUUGCUGUGCAGAAUGUCCGCAACCAGGAGAGGAACUCCAGUGUGGACCAGGAGGACCCAGAGCCUCCACAGAUGAAAGAGGAGCAGGAGGAACUGUGCACCAGUCAGGAGGGAGAGCAUCUUGUACUGAUGCAAGAGGCUGAUACACUGGUUCAGCACAACUCCAAAUGUGAAGAAAUAUCUGGAGAAAUAUUUGGACUUUCUGAUAAACGAUUCGGCCAGUUGGAUGAAGACAUCGAUUAUCGGGGCAGGCAGGUGGAUAUGAUCUGGAAACCAAGCAUAAUGUUACACAGAAUUGACCACCAUCAAGAUGUCUGUAAAGAGGGGAAUGGUCUCGCUAAUCAGCAGCUCUGUAACCAGGAGAAGAAGGUUAGUCUGGACCAGAAAGAGGCAGAACCUCCAGAGAUAAAAGAGGAAGAGGAGGAACUCUGCACCAGUCAGCAGGGAAAGCAGAUUGUACUGAAGCAAGCAACUGAUACUUUUCUGUCGACUUCAACUGAUAUGGACAAUGACCUCAGUGAACUAGAACCAAACAGCAACCACCUCCUCUCUUACAAUUCACCAGUAACCGUGACCCCACAUCAGGAGGGAAGCGAGCAUGGAGACUCACGUUCAACUAGAAAUGCAGCGCUGAAGCCAAAGAGUCAUAGCAGUUGCAAUGUAGCUAAGUCUUCAUUGUCAGAAGAUCACUGUGAUGUUGAUACAAGUGGAAAAUCUAUCAGAUGUGAUGUUUUUGGAAAGACCUUUAAGAAUAAGUACCAAAUCAAGCAACAUUACCAAAUUCACAAAGGUGUAAAACCAAAUGCUUGCAAUAGACGCAGAAGAAGUUUCCGUUCAUGGUCUCAGCAGAAAGUCCAUAUGAAGAUUCACACUGGUGACAAGCUGCAUUCUUGUAAAACAUGUGGGAAAUGUUUCAGUUGUGGUAGUCAUCUGACUGUCCACAUGAGAGUUCACACAGGAGAGAAGCCAUAUUCUUGUGAAACGUGUGGGAAAAAUUUCUCUCAACGUGGGCAGCUGACUGUCCACAUGAGAGUUCACACAGGAGAGAAGCCAUAUUCUUGUGAAACAUGUGGGAAAUGUUUCAGUUGUGGUAGUCAUCUGACUGUCCACAUGAGAGUUCACACAGGCGAGAGGCCGUAUUCUUGUGAAACAUGUGGGAAAAACUUCAGUGAACGUUCUACGCUGAAUCUGCACGUGAGAGUUCACACAGGUGAGAAGCCAUUUUCUUGUGAAACAUGUGGGAAAAAUUUCAGUCAACGUGGGCAGCUGACUGUCCACAUGAGAGUUCACACAGGUGAGAGGCCGUAUUCUUGUGAAACAUGUGGGAAAAACUUCAGUGAACGUCAUAAGCUGACUCUCCACAUGAGAGUUCACACAGGUGAGAAGCCAUAUUCUUGUGAAACAUGUGGGAAAAAUUUCAGUCAACGUGGACAGCUGACUGUGCACAUGAGAACUCACACAGGUGAAAAGCUGUCGUCCUGGAACAAUGAUGGGAACAAAGCUCAAGCUGUCUGGCCGGGGUCAGAUGUGGCUCCCUGCUGUCAGGCCUUUGUGCCACCAGAAGGUCCCCCUUCUGCUGCUGGUCCUCAGCGAUCUGGAGCAGGACGGGACCAGGAGAUGGAGGAAGAGCAGCUGGACAAGAGGAGCAUAGAUGACAUCUGUGAAGAAGACGUCUGCCGGCUCUUCAGGAAACAAAAGACCAGGAAGACAGCAGGCCCAGACCGAGUCUCACCUGCCUGCCUCAAAGCCUGUGUAGACCAGCUGCCACCUGUGUUCACUCAGAUGUUCAAUAGAUCACUGGAGCGGUGCGAGGUUCCUUCCUGCUUCAAACGCUCCACCAUCAUCCCAGUCCUCAAGAAACCCAAGAUCACAGGACUGAAUGACUACAGACCUGUUGCUCCAAAAUCUGUGUUCAUGAAGUCUGUUGAGAGACUAGUGUUGGCCCACCUGAAGGACAUUACUGGACCCCUGCUACCAGAGAACUACGCAAGGAUUCUGUUUGUGGACUUCAGCUUGACGUUCAAUAAAAUCAUCCCGGAUCUCCUCCUACCCAAACUCACCCAGCUGUCUGUCUCACCCCCCACCUGUCAGUGGAUCUCCAACUUCCUGAUGGACAGACAGCAUCUAGUGAGGUUGGGCAGCUUCACAUCCAGCACCUGCACCAUCAGCACCAACCGUCUGCAGCACUAUGUCCAGGAGGAGAAUGUUCUUGCUGUGCAGAAUGUCUGCAACCAGGAGAGGAACUCCAGUGUGGAUCAGGAGGACCCAGAGCCUCCACAGAUGAAAGAGGAGCAGGAGGAACUGUGCACCAGUCAGGAGGGAGAGCAUCUUGUACUCAUGCAAGAGGCUGAUACACUGGUUCAGCGCAACUCCAAAUGUGAAGAAAUAUCUGGAGAAAUAUUUGGACUUUCUGAUAAAAGAUUCGGUCAGUUGGAUGAAGACAUCGAUUAUCGGCGCAGGCAGGUGGAUAUGAUCUGGAAACCAAGCAUAAUGUUACACAGAGUUGACCACCAACAUCAAGAUGUCCGUAAAGAGGGGAAUGGUCUCGCUAAUCAGCAGCUCUGUAACCAGGAGAGGAAGGUUAGUCUGGACCAGAAAGAGGCAGAACCUCCAGAGAUAAAAGAGGAAGAGGAGGAACUCUGCACCAGUCAGCAGGGAAAGCAGAUUUCGGCCCGUUUCAUCCUGCAGAAAGUUCUGAUGGACUGGAGUCUAACUGGAAUCACCCCAGAGACCGGAUACAACCUGACUGAUCACCAGUCCAUCGCAGGACUCACACAAACACACAUACAAACACUCACACCCACCUAUGCAGCCAUUUUAGACUCAGAGCAGCACAUCUUCUGGCCCAGAGCCUUUGUGCCACCAGAAGGUCCCCCUUCUGCUGCUGGUCCUCAGCGAUCUGGAGCAGGACGGGACCAGGAGAUGGAGGAAGAGCAGCUGGACAAGAGGAACAUAGAUGACUGUCUCAGAUUAAUAUUUUAUCACUUAAAGAUGAGUUCAGUCCAGAAUCUGAGAGAGUUGAUCAACCAGCGACUAACUGCUGCUGCUGAAGAAAUAUUCACAGAGUUUGAGAAAACCAUCGUCCAGUACGAGGAGGAGAUCGAUCGUCAGCGCAGACUGCUGGAUAACAUCUGGAAACCUGAGAUAAAGUUACACACAACAGACCGUCUGCAGCAACAUGUCCAGGAGGAGAAUGUUCUUGCUGAGCAGAAUGUCUGCAACCAGGAGAGUAACUCCAGUGUGGACCAGGAGGGCCCAGAGCUUCCACAGAUGAAAGAGGAGCAGGAGGAACUGUGCACCAGUCAGGAGGGAGAGCAUCUUGCACUGAUGCAAGAGGCUGUUAUCCUGGUUCAGCGCAACUCCAAAUGUGAAGAAAUAUCUGGAGAGAUAUUUGGACUUUCUGGUAAACGAUUCGGUCAGUUGGAUGAAGACAUCGAUUAUCGGAGCAGGCAGGUGGAUAGGAUCUGGAAACCACGGAUAAUGUUACACAGAAUUGACCACCAUCAAGAUGUCUGUAAAGAGGGGAAUGGUCUCGCUAAUCAGCAGCUCUGUAACCAGGAGAGGAAGGUUAGUCUGGACCAGAAAGAGGCAGAACCUCCAGAGAUAAAAGAGGAAGAGGAGGAACUCUGCACCAGUCAGCAGGGAAAGCAGAUUGUACUGAAGCAAGCAACUGAUACUUUUCUGUCGACUUCAACUGAUAUGGACAAUGACCUCAGUGAACUAGAACCAAACAGCAACCACCUCCUCUCUUACAAUUCACCAGUAACCGUGACCCCACAUCAGGAGGGAAGCAAGCAUGUAGACUCACGUUCAACUAGAAAUGCAGCGCUGAAGCCAAAGAGUCAUAGGAGUUGCAAUGUAGCCAAGUCUUCAUUGUCAGAACAUCACUGUGAUGUUGGUACAAGUGGAAAAUCUAUAAAAUGUGAUGUUUUUGGAAACACCUUUCAGAAUAAGUACCAAAUCAAGAAACAUCACCAAAUCCACAAAAUUGUAAAACCAAAUGCUUGCAAUACACGCAGAAGAAGUUCACGGUCUCAGCAGAAAGUCCAUAUGAAGAUUCACAGCGGUGACAAGCUGCAUUCUUGUAAAACAUGUGGGAAACGUUUCAGUUGUGGUGGUCAUCUGACUGUCCACAUGAGAACUCACACAGGUGAGAGGCCAUAUUCUUGUCAAAGAUGUGGGAAAAGUUUCAAUCAACGUAUUCAUCUGACUGUCCACAUGAGAGUUCACACAGGUGAGAAGCCAUAUUCUUGUGAAACAUGUGGGAAAAAUUACUCUCAAUGUGGGCAGCUGACUGUCCACAUGAGAACUCACACAGGUGAGAAGCCGUAUUCUUGUGAAACAUGUGGGAAAAACUUCAGUAAACGUUGCAAGCUGACUUUCCACAUGAGAACUCACACAGGUGAGAAGCCAUUUUCUUGUGAAACAUGUGGGAAAAAUUUCACUCAACGUGGGCCGCUGAAUGUCCACAUGAGAACUCACACAGGUGAGAAGCCGUAUUCUUGUGAAACAUGUGGGAAAAAUUUCACUCAACGUGGGCCGCUGAAUGUCCACAUGAGAAUUCACACAGGUGAGAAGCCGUAUUCUUGUGAAACAUGUGGGAAAAAUUUCACUCAACGUGGGCCGCUGACCGUCCACAUGAGAGUUCACACAGGUGAGAGGCCGUAUUCUUGUGAAACAUGUGGGAAAAGUUUCAGUCAAGGCAGUCAUCUGAUUAGUCACAAGAGAACUCACACAGGUGAAAAGCUGUCGUCCUGGAACAAUGAUGGGAACAAAGCUUAGUAGAACACGCAUUCAUUAACAUCAUUCAGGGUAAAAGUAGGUCUUGUAGAUUCUCUGAGUUUAUUGCAUGUCAGUCUGAGACAUACGGAUCUUUAAGAAUCUGCCAACCUGUCCAAUGGAUGCAUGGCGACUUCCAGAAGCACAUUGCAUUUACGAAAGAGACAACUGGAGACGUCAUACUUCUGAGGAACGGCCUAAUAGUUUAUUUCAUUGGUUAUCAGUUUCUGCUGGAGCUGAGUGGAAAGGGAUGAUGUUGCUGAGAUUUAAUGUCGUGAAAAGGAGUUUACACAUCAACAUAAUUUUUGAUUUAAUUGUUUUCGGAAUUCUCAUUUUCAGUUCAUGUGUAUGUAAAUUGGUUGCAAUCCAGUUCAACUUCAGUCUGUAUUUCUGUGGUGGUUCUUUCUUCAAAAAAAAGAAAUUAAACCAGUUUCCAAUGCAGUACAAUGUGGAAGUAACAGACCUGACUGGUUUCAUAUCAGAUAAAGCUUCAGCUUUCUAUAAGACAGUUGAAGUUCAACUCAUAGAGACUUCAGUUUGCGUCCGAACAGUUUGUUCAUAUCAGAUGACUUUGAUGUAACACACUUGAAGCGUUGCUUUGUGAGUGCUGGAAUGAGAAGAUUUUUCAUGUAAUUAUCAAUCAUUAUGUAUUGUACUUUUUCAGGACCUCCACAGACAGAUUAUUCAAUUCCCUCAGUUCAUUUUUUUUUGUAGCUUCAGUCUGGUUGGCUGAUAAAAUGUUGAUGAUACAUGGCUUUGUGUGAAGAAUUUUAACCCCAAAGUGAAAUAGUUUCCUUUGCUUGUUUUUUGAAUUCUGUUGUCACUGACAAAUUUUGCUGUCUGUUUUUAAAUGAAACCAUAAACUGUUUGAAACAAA